UUCCAAAUCUGGCACUAGCGCAGCCGCUGCCGUUGCUUUGCCGAAUAGCUUCUUCUCGUCUAUAAGUCCAGCCGUUUCCUUGCUGCCUUUCCCGCACACAUCACACACGAGACGCUCGCCAGACUUAGCCAAUAUGGCCGAUCCAGACGUAAGUCUCCUGAUUCGCUGCGCCUUACUUCGGCUAACUCCUUGAUCAGGGCCAACCCCGGAGCGACUUUCGACUCGAGAGUCUCGCUGCCGCGCUAGCGCAGCUGGAUGGCGACCAGCUCAGGGUGAUAAGAAGAAAGCUACUUCCGGAGCGCCUUCGCGCCAUCAACUUAGACGACUCGAAACUCCUACAGCUUCCACAAGAGCUUCGCGAUCAGGUUUACGACAUGGUCCUCGAAGACGAACGUCCCGCCUAUGAAUGGCUUACGAAGGAGCCGCCCACUGGCCGUUGGAGCCCCGAACCACGUCCUGUCUCUCUACCUCCUCUGUUCCGAGUCUGCCGUCAGCUCAGAGAAGAAUUUGCUGCCAAAUACUGGAAAGAACUCUUGGUGUACCCGGUGAUGGACUUGUCUGUUGCUGCAAAGUGCAUGGCUCAGAUGGACCCCAAGCACAAGAAACUCAUUCGCAGAGUCAACUACGAUGGGCACUUCGAUAGCAGGAAGCUUGCGAAGGAGCGUGCAGAGCAUUUGGAGCUUCGCUUUGGACUUCGGCGAGGAGUUGUGUGGGCUUUGUAUCAGGACCGAGGCGGCAACGGGAGAUGUUCCAGGGGGUUCAUCUUGAGGGUGAACUCUCUCGGACGCGAGGAGGUCUUGCAUUUGUCCGAGCGUUUCUGAGAGCUGGGGCCGGCAACGGGAUAAUUCAUCGACUUCGUUCAUGCUGUCCUGUACGGAAAUGCCGUGCUGGCGUUUGGUGGAGGUUGUAUCUCGCGCCGCGAGCAAGAUUCUUCCUCUAUAGGACAGCAGUCUGAUCUGGUGGUGUAAGCUAGCUGAUACCCUCAGUCAGUAACAUUGCCGACUGCUACUUCUUGGGCUCAAAAGUCUAGCCUGAGUUUGGAGAAGAAGCACAAGCUCCACUGUUCAGGUGCAAACAGCCACUCUGCUUCCGGCAUGCUGCUUCCGCGUAAUCUGUAGACUCUCUCUCUUUCAUCCGCCGUCGCCAGUAUGAAAAGUGAAUCGUGUUUCACUGCCGUUGGCAAGGCAUUGAAAGAUUAGCGCCACUUGUGUUCGAACACUGACAGAUGGACUUGCUGGUCUUCGUCGUGGACAUUUGGCUGCUUGGCAAAGGCAGCAGGCUGAAUCUCACGCAGAGGAGCAGGG